GGACCAGGCUGUCACUGAUACACAAGAGACUUGACUCCAGAACGUGGGGGAGAGGAAGAGCUGCAGAGACCAGAGGUUCACAAAGAUUCUUUUUAGAACCAUGGCAUCUAAGUGUCCCAAGUGUGAGAAGACUGUUUAUUUUGCCGAGAAGCUGACCUCAUUAGGAAAGGACUGGCAUAAAUUUUGUCUGAAGUGUGAACGCUGUAAUAAAACUCUUAAUCCUGGUGGACACGCUGAGCAUGAUGGAAAACCAUACUGCCACAAGCCAUGCUACGCCACCCUAUAUGGGCCAAAAGGAGUUAAUAUUGGAGGAGCUGGAUCCUACAUUUAUGAAAAGAGCAUGAGUGAAGACAAACCCACUUCUCCUACUUCUCCUGUGGAAGUAGCCCCUAAGCAAGAAGAGAAGAAAUAUAGUGGUCCAACUAGAAGCCUCAGUAAAGCUUCAAGUAUUACAACCUUCACUGGAGAACCGAACUUGUGUCCUCGCUGUGGAAAGAAAGUUUAUUUUGCUGAAAAAGUGACUUCACUUGGGAAAGAUUGGCAUCGACCUUGCUUGCGCUGUGAACGUUGUUCGAAAACUCUGACUCCUGGAAGCCAUGCAGAGCAUGAUGGGCAACCCUACUGCCACAAACCCUGUUAUGGAAUUCUUUUUGGACCAAAAGGUGUGAACACAGGAUGCGUGGGAAGCUACAUCUAUGACAAAGACCCUGAAUCUAAGGCCCAGCCUUAAGGGAGAAAUUAUACCUUUUACAGCUUCUGAAGAUCUCAUUUUGUUAUUCACAAUGUCCAUGCUAUUUGUAGAUCUUACUAAUAUGUAUGUUAGAGAUGCAGUAGCUUAGAUUAUCUCUGUGUAGUUUGAACAAUUUAAGCAGCUGUGUUAUGUACUCAACGUAGUCUACUGCUAACGUUUGUAUGGUUUGGUCACAAAUGUUACGCUUGUAAUACAUUUCUAAUAAUGUUUUUUUUGUUGUUGUUUUUUUAAAGUUGUAUAUCUAAUAUGUUAAAAUGUACCACUUUUUGUAAAGAAAAAAAAAAUUGCACCAAUUUAACUUUACCCUCUACAAAAGCAAACACAAUGGUCAUCAAAGCCUGAAAAACACAUUUCUAAAUUACACAAAAUUGUGCAAAUGUUUUCUUAGUUGUUAAUGCAUAGGAGUUAUUAGUCUUAAAGGUUUCAGUAUUUCAGAAAGUGUUACCUGUUAUACAUUCUCAAAACUAUUGGUUGAACAGAAAAUCACAUUGCUACCCUGCCGGCACAGAAAAUGUUCUGGAAUUUGGACUUUGAAACAUUUUCUAAACAUUCCAGGUAAGGCAAAUAGAUCUGGAUAUGUUAAUCAUCAAAAAAUGUAUUAAUCAUUUUUGUGUUAAGUAUUAAAAGAAAAGUUGUUUUCUUUUAUCUGUGAAUGAGGAUUUCAGUAUUAUGAUAUCUCUUAACAGUGUCAGAGUUAACAAUUUCCAAAAUUCUCACUUCGGGCUUAUGGUGAAAGUUUUUCUAAAUCACUGUUUAAAUUUUUACGAAAGCAGAACAUGAUCUUGUACUGCGGUUAUAAAAUAAUUUUAUUUUCAUUUAAAUACUUUAUGAAAUUAUAUAUAAUUGUAGAGUUUACUAAUGCCAAAAUUUAACAGUGCCCAAAGUUGAUUCACGGUGAAAAUUUCUGUAUUUACCCUAAAGCUAUAAUCCAGUAGGUCCAUGGUUGAAAGAAAACUGUUCGACUUUUUGAAUUGUUAAUAUCUUUAAUUCUUAAACUGCAAAUAAACUAAUACCUGCAAUAUAUAUUGA